GUUAAGAAUUCACUUUUUCUCAACAAGUGAAAUAUUGUCUCCGUCAGUUCUCUCAAACAUUCAGAAAAGUUCAGGCUUAAAUUGUUGUGACUAGUGCAAUAAUCAUAAGUUUCUUACAACUUGUAGCACUAGGAUAUAAAAUAAAUACAAUCUAAAUCUGAAACAGAAAUGGUUGAAAAAAUACUUUGUAUAAUAUUCGUAAUAAGUACAUAUAAUUCGUUCGCUUAUGCAAUUCGACAUUCCGACUAUAAUCGGACAAAUUUUCUUCCGACAAUAUGUUCUCAAAUAUCCGACUUGAGGUAAAAUUUUAAAUAUCAAAAUUUGUCCAAACUAACCGGUUUCUUAGUGCGGAACAGGAAAAGCAAGGAAUACAGAUAGAUGGUCUCACUAAGUCAAUGGAUGCUCUGGAUCGUCACGUGAAGUUGAUAGAUGGAGUUGUUAAGGCAAUUGACAUUCAGGAUUAUCAAGAAAAAUUGGCGGAGGUUCUUCUUAUGGCAUCCGAUAUAAAACUUCUAAAAACGGAGCAGGAACGACAGCUAAAAUUAAUAGAUGGACUCGAUAAGGAAUCGGAAAUUCACAUACUUAGAGCCGAGCUGGAACAACAGAGAAAGUUGAUAGAUGAACUUGUAAAGAGCUCGGAUCAAUGCAAAUCUAGGAGUCAGCCACGCAGUUGUGCAGGUGCCAAAUCUAAUGGGAUCAAUCAAAUACUCCUUCCCAACUUUAGUAGUCAACCUUUUAAAGUUAUUUGCGAUGCAGAAACUCGGGGUGGUGGAUGGACGAUCAUCCUAAGAAGGAUGGACGGAAGUGUCAACUUUUAUCGUAAUUGGACUGAAUACAAAAAUGGAUUUGGAAAUCUAGAUGGCGAAUUCUUUAUUGGCUUAGAUAAAUUGCAUGCACUGACUUCAGAGAGUAGGCAGGAAUUACUUGUUCUUCUCGAGGAUUUCGGGGGGGAUAAAAGAUUUGAGAUAUAUGAUGAAUUAGCAAUCGGCAACGAGGAUCAACAGUAUAAGCUACACACUGUGGGAAAAGCCAGUGGCACUGCUGGAGAUUCACUCUCAUUGCAUCACGGCAUGAAAUUCACCACAUUUGAUCAUGACAAUGAUAUUUGGAAGGAGGGAAACUGCGCCCGACAAUACAAUGGCGCUUGGUGGUACCAAUAUUGUCACCAGAGCCAUUUGACAGGAAGAUAUAAUGACAACGAAUAUGGUAAGGGCGUCAUUUGGGAUAGUUUUCGGGGUCUGAAAUAUUCCCUUAAAAAAACCAUAAUGAUGAUACGCCCUCAAAAGUGAACUGAAAGAUUCUUGAAUGUUUUCCUACAAAAUAUUUAUAUGUUUCAAAUAAGUCUUUUAAUAAAUUCAAUUGACAUUUUCCUUUUAUA